CCACUGUCGUCCCUUCGCCCCCCCUCCGGGCGAGGGGCUCCGGAGGCUGCGCCUGUCCUGUGGGCGGGGUGGGGCCGCGGCCGAGUGCCCGGCCAGCGGGAAGUCCCACGCCCGGGACCUGCUGAGGCAGGACCCCUGGAAGUCGGAGCAGGGGCCGGGCUGGCCUGGCGGGGGCCGUUAAGUGUCUCGCCGGGCUGUGGCCAGGCUGUGGCGGGAGACAGCACCCCUCUUGGAGGAAGACCCUGGUGGAGGGGUGUGGGCAGGCCCCUCUUCCUUGGCUCCCCUCCCCCACCUCGCUGUGCGGCCCCGUGCCCACGGGCUCCCACCCCCUCCCGGACAGCACAUGGCACGUGUCCCGGGGCCGGUGGCUCAGUCCCGACCCACUGGAUGGAAGGCCCAGCCAGCUGCCUGGGUCCAGGGUCAGGUUAGUUGAAGAAGCGAUUGGAUAGGGGUGGGGAGAGGGAGGGGGCAGGCUGGGACCAGGGGCCUCCCUCCCCACUCCCGCCUUCCCUGGAGGAGCCGACUUCAAAAGCCUCGUCCGCCCGCUGCAGCCGCCCGCUGCAGCCCGUCCAGGGAAGCCCUCGCUGGCGUUGGCUGGACCUGGGGCCGGGCCUGGAGGGGCUGCUGCACCUGAGGACCCCAGGGCCAUGGGGAAGGCCCAGCGGCGGGAGUGAGGGAGGGCCUGACCCUGAGAGGCCCAUGGUGCCCCCUAAGCCCGCGCUCUGGGCGCUCCUGCUGGCGCUGCUGGGGCUGGCGUCGGCCCCCACACAGCCGCGCACCUGCAGCGUCCCCGACGUGCUGCGCCACUACCGGGCCGUCAUCUUCGAGGACCUGCAGGCCGCCGUGCGGCAGGUGGGGCUGGGGGCCGAGGGGAGCGGGCCGGGCUCCAGGCGUCCCCACUUCAUUCGGAAGAACCAGACCGGAGCCGCCGCGGCUGCCCGAGGGCGGGGUCGGCCGGGACCCUUCUGCAGUGCCCGGAAGGAGCACAGUAUCCUCGCGUCCAUCGCCUCCCUGGGCCGGACCCUGCGCGGCGCCGCGGCUGGUGGCCGCAGUGGGGCCCUGGAGAAGGCUGCCUGGACCGUGGCUCUGCGCACAGAGGCAGUGAUGCGGCGCCACUGCCGGACGCUGCACCAGCGGAGCCGGCGGCCCCAAACGCGUCCCGAGCAGCAGCGGCGUCGCGGCAGCCGGAGGCGGCUCCUUCUGCGAGCCCUGGACGCCGUCGCCACCUGCUGGGAGAAGCUCUUCGCGCUGCGCGCCUGGGCCCACGCGGGCUCCUAGCUGGCGCUGCGCUGGGCCUGGGAAGGAGCCUCGUGGCUCGGCGGCGGCCAAGGGCUCCCCCUGCUGACCACUGGGCCCCGCCUGUCCGGGGCUCGUUCUGGCCCGGGGUGGCUCGAGGAACCCGGGCUUGCGAGACGCCAGCCCUUCCCAGGCCAGGCU